CGUGCAUUGUUUGCUGUUAUCCAUGCCAUGUCACUCAUGUCAAUCCGGGGGGUUCGCGUUGUCGUACGAAAUACGAGCAGGUAUCGUUAGGCCUUCAGACGGAGACAUGGUAUCAUCGUCCACCCUUAUAUUGCUGCUCCUGUCGUCCUUUUGAUUGUAUAAGCCGCCCACGUCCUCAUACUCUUCCUUUUUGGCCUUGCUUCUCUAGUCCAUACUCGACCAUCUCGCUCGCAUUGUUGUUCAUUACCACUACGCGCCAUGACGAACAGGAUGGACCAUAUCCGCCAUGUCGGAGAGGCAGACAAAGCUGGAUACACCUACUACCCGGUCCUGAUCAUCGGGGCCGGAGAGUCAGGCAUCGCUAUGGGCUCCAGAUUACGUUCAGUCCUUGGCUUUGACCAGUUCCGCAUCUUUGAGCGGAAGUCAGGAUUAGGAGGCACUUGGCAAGCGAACCAAUAUCCCGGUAUUGCUUGCGACGUACCGGCUAUUCUAUAUUCAUACUCCUUCAACCAGAACCCCUACUGGACGACCUUCUUUCCUUCCGGCAGAGAAAUCAUCCGCUACCUCUAUGAUACGUGCGAGAAGUUCCGAAUCCUGGACAAGAUCCAGUUCGACACAUCAGUCAAGACCGCGCGCUGGAUAGACGGUGAUGAAGAAUGGGAAGUCGUCCUUGAACACCUAGCACCGGGCAUCGGGGACUUGGCCACGUAUGAGCGGAAAGCACUAGAGAAAGAGAAGGGAGAAGACUCGUCAGUCUUGUACACAGAAACCGUUCGGGCAAAGGUCGUGGUCAGCGCUGUCGGAGGCCUCGUCGAGCCCAAACCCCCUCUGGCUGUUCCUGGCAUCGAGACUUUCGAGGGCGAGAUCGUCCACACCGCCCGCUGGAAACCCGGGUUGAACUUGCAGGGCAAAGAAGUCAUUGUCAUUGGCACCGGUUGCAGUGCUGGCCAGGUGAUGCCACAAUUGAUCAAGCCCGAAUCUGGUGCGAAGCAUGUCACUCAACUUAUGCGAUCUCCACCCUGGGCAGUCCCAUUUCUGCCUGAAGAAGCCCGAGCCUUCUACGCGAGAUGGAUUCCGUGGCUAUGCCAGCAUGUUCCUGGCUUCCAGAACGGGUUUCGCAAGCUCUUUUUCACAAUGAUCGAGGCCGAAUUCAUCAGCCUGUUCACUCCAUCUGAAGCGGCGCGUCAACGACGGAAGAAGAAAGCUGAAGAACUUCUCCGCUAUCUUCGAAAGACAGUACCAGAGGAAUACCACGAGCUCCUCACGCCAGACUACGAAGUCUUCUGCAAGCGUCGUGUCGUGGAUGAGGGAUGGUUCAAGAGCUUGCACGAACCGAAUGUUGAGAUUACCAGUCUGCCAAUCACUUCGAUUCAACCUCGGUCAGUGACGCUAGGUCCUGGACGGUACUACCCACCUAUGUCGAAAACCGAGUCGAAGGUGCCCACGGAAGCCCGCACCGUCCCAGCCGACGUGAUUAUUAUGGCUAAUGGGUACGAUACCAAUCAAUGGCUUCACCCGCUCGACGUGACCGGCCGCAAUGGCCGAUCUUUGUACAAGACCUGGGCCGAAAGAGGUGGUGCCCAAGCGUAUAUGGGCACUGCCAUGGACGGCUUUCCCAACUUCUUCAUGAUCUUCGGACCCAACACUGCCACCGGUCACAGCAGCGUCAUCCUCGCCAGCGAGAACAUGGUCAAUUACUCACUCAAAUUCAUCGGUCCCAUCCUCCGAGGCGAAAUUGAUACUUACGAGGUCAAAGAGUCGGCCGAGCGCAAAUGGACAUCCGAUCUGCAAGCCCAGCUCAAGAACAGCGUUUUCAUGUCUGGUGGUUGCCGCUCCUGGUAUGUCGGCGAGGAUGGGUGGAACUCGACCGUCUACCCGCGCACGCAGAUCGACUUCACGCUGAGAUGUAUGUUUCCGAGAUGGAAUCAUUGGAACGUGAAGUACACUCGCAAAGGGCUCAUCAAAUUGCAACUCGGCCGGAUCUUGAAGCUGUUCGGUCUCAUUGUAGCGGUCUGGGGCGCCAUAUUUACAGCCAGAAAUGGAGUGCGAAGUACGAAAGACGUGCUUGCGCAAGUGCUUAGACGGAGCCUGGAAGGCGUUAAAGGGUUGGUGAACAGGGUGAGAUGAUUCUCGAUGGAUCAUGUUGAGUCUAACAUUGGAUUACGUUAUCAUCUCAAUGAAUCUUAGAUGCUUGAGCAUAGUCUCAGCGAGCAUGUAUUGCUGUAAAUGCAAGCCAUGCCUAUCCUUUGCAUGAU